CCGAGCGCCACGGCCGCUCAGGAUGUUCCCCUCUCGGAGGAAGGCGGCCCAGCUCCCCUGGGGGGACAGUAGGUCUUUCCUGCCUCGGAAGUACAGCGUGUUCCAGCUAUUCUUUGUGUGCCUGUUCCUGGCCUUCCUGUCCUUGCUCUGGCUGCAGCUCAGUUGUUCGGGUGACAUGAGCCAGGCAGGGCAGGGGCAGGAGCUUGUCAGCCCUCCAAAGGCCUGCCCCUUUGAGCCUCCAGUCUCUUUGGAGGAGGACCCCUCCUGGGCGCCCCACCGCCUCGCAGUGCUGGUGCCAUUCCGUGAACGCUUUGAGGAGCUUCUGGUCUUCGUGCCCCACAUGCACCACUUCCUGAACAAGAAAAAGAUCCGACACCACAUCUUUGUGCUCAACCAAGUGGAUCACUUCAGGUUUAACCGGGCAUCGCUGAUCAAUGUGGGCUUUCUGGAGAGCGGUAACAGCACUGACUACAUAGCCAUGCAUGACGUGGACCUGCUGCCCCUCAAUGAGGAGCUGGACUACAGCUUUCCUGAGGCAGGGCCCUUCCAUGUGGCCUCCCCAGAGCUGCAUCCCCUCUAUCACUACAAGACCUACGUGGGUGGCAUUCUGCUUCUCACCAAGCAGCAUUACCAGUUGUGCAACGGGAUGUCCAAUCGCUUCUGGGGAUGGGGCCGGGAAGAUGACGAGUUUUACCGGCGCAUUAAAGGAGCCGGUCUCCAGCUUUUCCGUCCCUCAGGAAUCAAAACUGGGUAUAAAACAUUCCGCCACCUACAUGAUCCUGCUUGGCGGAAGAGAGACCAGAAACGCAUUGCAGCUCAGAAGCAGGAACAGUUCAAGCUGGACCGGGAAGGGGGGCUGAAUAGUGUACGUUACCAUCUUGAUUCUCGUACCCUGGUGUCAGUAGCCGGAGCACCCUGCACAGUUCUCAACAUUGCUCUGGACUGUGAUGCAGCUGACACACCCUGGUGCGCAUUUGACUGAGGGGAACAUGGCUAGCACCAUCUCAGUCUGCUUGGCUGGUGUCUGGCCCCGGGAGAGCGUCAUUACUGCUGGAGGGAUUCCUUCAGUGGGUGGGGCUGAAGCUAAGGUACGAGUAGGACCCAGCACCCAGUUAGAAGUGGCCUGGCUUCAAGUGAUGGGAGGAGAUCUGAGCCACCUUGGCUCAGCUACGUAGCUGUGCUUCUUCUGGAGACUGAUGCAGCCUGAGGGAAAGGUCCAUAAGUACUCUUGGACCAAAUACUCAGUUGUUAUCCCUGCCCUAUGGGCAGUAAAAAGAGAUUGGAGAUUGGAAAGAGGCUGGGGUGCAGAAUCUUUGACUCUUUAGUUCCAUGGGCUUGUUAUACCUGGCCUCCUUCCCCAGCAGGAGGCUCUUUCUGUCUUUUGGCCUCUUUUGCCCUUGUGCCCAGUACAGGUACGUGCACAUGAUAGGUGCUUAAUAAACAUUUGAGUUUGGGA